UCUCUCUCUCUCUCUCUCUCUCUCUCUCCAGCGAACCAGAAACCCCUCCCUUUUUAUUUUUUUUGGCUUGCGACGGCAGCAACUUCUCACCGUCGCCACCGCCACCACACACCGCCACUUGGGGCGGCACCGGUCCCAUUAGAACCACCUCACUUCCCUCUUCGAUUCUAGACCGGUCCCAGCCUCGAUCCGCCGUCGUGGUCGCCGGAAAUAGCCACGAAAUGGGGCUGUUUUGACAGUUUUUCAACAAACUUUCGGCCUCUCGUUCUCUCUCAUUUCUCCACCAAAUUUGACGAGUAAGGUACUACGACCACGCAUACGCAGUAGGCGGGACCCUUUCAGGGUCAGGCAGUGUGGGACUACUUCCAGUAGUUGACUGAGCUCCGCAGCUGAGCCGGAUCGUGUGCUUACGAGCCUUGAGCCUUCUUUUGUUUUUGCAGGAGACUUCAAGAGGCAUUGUGCACCAUUGAUUGAUUUAGGUUUGAUUAGCAGCAGUUCGUACAGAUCAGCAGGAAAUUUCUGGAGCUGAGGAUGCUUCGACCACCACCACAUCAGACUGCUGCUCGAGGGCGCAAGAAGACACAUCUGACUGCCGCCUCCGAGAGUCCCUCUCUCUCUCUCCCACCACGAGGGUCAACGACACCUCGGGUAAUCGACCACCACCUCCAAGGGUCGACAUCCACCUCUCCCUCUCUCAGCUCCUCUCACCACCGCCUCCAAGGGUCGAGUUCUGCCUCUUCCUCCCUCAGCUCCUCGCUCUCUCUCCCACAACGAAGCUCAACCAUCACCGGUCAGAUCAUCGUCUUUGAGUUCCACGACGUAGAUGAAGUGGGUUGUGAAGCCAGUAAACAUCUAGCCAUGGAUGAUAAUCAGUUCAUGGUUGUGAUGAGUAAGACAUCGGUCACACAAAGCAACACGAUGAUACCUAAAACAUCUGUGGAAAAGAUUCAACUUGACAAACUUUGUACAAGUUGCGAACCGUUUUUCCCUCCACCUCCUAAUGUAAAAAAAAAGUUGAGUACUGUAAGAUUUGGAAUGUUCACCCUCAGAAUCAGUAGAAAAAUAUGCCUGGGUGAAUGGGGGAGUAAAAAAUGGCGAGUAGAAAUUAAAAAUGAAUUAGCACACCGGUGUAGAACAACUAUAGGUAGGGAGUGGCUCACUUUUGUGAGAGAGAACCAACUUCUAGUUGGUGACCAUGUUGUUUUCCGGGUCCUUCCCUCCACUAUGGGGUUGGUGCUGGUUGGCGUUUAUCGCCACAACCCAGCUACUCCUCCCCGUGCUUCCUCCAGUGUUCGUCCACAUGAGGACCAAGACCUGUCGGAGGUGGUCCAGAAGCUUAACGAUGUGAUAAAGCUUCGUAAUGAGGAGUUGGAAGCGAAGGAGGAAACUAUAAGGAAACUUCGUAAUGAGGAGUUGGAAGCGAAGGAGGAAACUAUAAGGAAACUAAGUGAAAGAUUGUUAUCGGAACUAGGUGAAAGAUUGUUAUUGGAGCAAAGGAUUUCUGGACUUGUGAAAAGUCAAGCCGAUAAGAAUGAUUUUCUAGAGAAAAAAAUUCAGCAAGAAUUCGCUGUUGCUCAUUCAACUCUUGCCAUCAUGAACUCUGAGAUUGCUUCAUUGGAAAGUAACUUAAAGGACAUCGAUAGAAACCAUCAACUCAUCUUGAGGACGCAGUGGGAUCAAUUAGCUGAGUUGGAAGUGGUUGUCAAAGAGGAACAACUCAUGAGGGAGCGCUUAUUUAAUACUAUAGAAGGUUCGCAUCAAUUGAUUGCUAAUGAUCCAACCGAAAAUGUUGCUUCAAGAGGUGAAGAUCAAGAACCUGCAACUUUGCCCUCAAGGCCUGAUACAUUGUGACUUGAAGCCUGAGAAUAUACUGGUGAAAAGCUACAGUAGGUGUGAGGUGAAAGUCAUUGAAAGUGUGCUCUUAUCUUUGAAUCCAUCUAGUAAUUUGGUUGGUGAAAUGUUGGACACCAGCUCCUUAACAAACAAACUUUGUUAGAACAACAAGCUUUGCUACUUCUCGUCUCUUUUAAGUUUUUGCCAGAGAGUAAUAUAAAAUAUGCCCUUCUGGCCAGAUUUCAUCCUUGAAAUGUACUGAUCUAGUGAAGUCAAUUUUCCGUCU